GGUUUGGUAUGCUUUGCAUCCCUUUAAGAGGAAGGGGGUUUGGAGGAGCAUGCGGAAGUGUGACGCCUCUGGAUUUGUCGGACCGAGACGUUUGCAACUGGUUUGGGUUGGACUCCUGCCUUAGUGCGCAUUUCCUCCUUGGGGGAAGCUGGAAGCGAGUGACCGACGGGGCGGGGACUGACUCCUGGAGCGACACAGCGGAGCGCGAUCGGCAUUUCGGCCAUAGCCUCCAGAGUGUAACGCUCCAAUGAAAGCUACGUCACGUUUUUCCAUCUAUGGUGUAGGCUAAGGAAAGGACAGGGGUCUGUAAGCGAAAGUGUAACGAUGAGAGGAGCAUGCUUUCCUUUCCAGCUCGAAAAUGAGUCGAUGGGGUGUGCUGAGUGAAAGUAAGCCAAUUAAUCAAUUAUCACCGGGCUGCGAGUUUCGGUUUGAUUAUUAUAUAAUUAAUACACCGGUUUCGGGCACUUCGGGUAGAUGUGCUGGAGUGAACAACACGGUAUUGAAUCGCUCAGGCUCAAAAUAAUAUUAGAAUUGUUCCGACACGGCUCACUAGAUUAGUUAUUCUUAGUCGAGCAGUUGUCAUUUUUAGUUUGUGUCUAACGUAACGCUUGUAAUUAUUAGCUAUAUAUUGAAGCAAUAUCCGCGUUAUUGCUUAUAAUAUUACAUACGAAUUGUCAAGAUGAGAAAUACCGAGGAGAUGUGUGGAAUUGGUGGCGAGGCCUCGAACACUUCAAUGAACUCUGGGGCAAACAGCCCCUAUCAGCCCACCACGGAGCCUGUGCAGUCCAGGAGCCGACUGGGCGGUAUCAGGUGGGACACGGGCUAUCUGAGAUCCAGCGUCGGCAUCCUCAAAAUCCUCCAGCUGCUCCUCUCCCUUAUCGCAUUCAUCUGCAUCGAGGCCGUCAUGACGUGUCUCCCCUGCAGCAGCAUCUAUUUCUUCGAGUUCAUCAGCUGCAGCGCCUUCCUCAGCACCUGUGCCCUGCUGCUAAUCUUCAGCCUCAACCUCAACACUAAAAUCUCCCACAUCAACUGGAACCUCAUGGACCUUAUCUGUAUAUCUGCCUGCACCUUGUCAUUCUUCCUGGCCUCCGUGAUCAUGGCUGCACUGAACCACAAGUCUGGUGCUGAGAUCACGGCUAUGGUAUUUGGCUUUCUGGGGACUGUUGCCUUCGGACUGAAUACAGCCCUGGCCGUAAGGGACUGGCGGCGGCAUCGUGAGCUGCAACCUGGCAGGGCACCGAGUGCUGAGUAUACACGUGCCCCCACCACGUCUAGAGGUGAAGCUGAAGCGCAAGGACACACCCUUGCUCACUGAUGGGGCGAUGUGUUAGAGGGUGGGGCUGGUGGGUGUGUUCCUAUCAAUGGCAACCAUGCCCUUUCCAGCUCCAAAAGUCAGAGUGAAACAUGCAAUGUGACACACUCUUUUUCUCUUCUCCUUCAGUCAUGUCGUCCCAGCAUAUAGGAGGAUACUGUUUUGAGAAAACUGAUUAGAAUAGACUGGGUCCUAUUAUUUCAUUUUAUGAAAGUUUCUGGUUCUGUACUAACCUUGGUUUGUCUCAUUUAUUGGUUUUAAUUUCUAUGACUUUAAUAGCUGAAAGUAAGUACACAGUGUGUCGCUGUGCCCAUGUGUGGGAAGUCAUGGGUUCUAAAUCCGUAGCCAGCAGCAUACCUUCAUAAAGGCUCUAACUCCAGCUUUUCUAGGGGUGCUAGUUACUGGCUGGCCCUCUGCUCUGACCUCAAAGCUUGCUCUCACAUGUACAUAUACAUGUGUGUCUAUGUCUCUCAUAGAGAGAAAGAUGGGAUAUGCGAAAAAUACUCUGCUUCCCCAUCAGGAUAAAUAAAGAACCUCUUUUGUAUUCUGUUCUGCACAUGAACAGAAGUAUGUAUAUAGAGUGACGGCUCUGCAGGCAGCACUAAAGUGAUAAGGUAUGUGAACUGGUCUGGAUUUGGGCUUGUUUCAUCUCUCAGGAAUCUAACCAAAGGUGGAAAGUUCCGGUCCAGUAAGUACAAAUCCAGACCAAGGUUUUGUUUCAGCCAACCAGCUGAGUACUUUCCACCUCUGAAUCUAAUACUCUGGGCUUUGCUUUCGUUUGUGUUUCAGCUAAUGACAAUCAUAACCAUGUGUUUUUACAUGAAUAACAUUGCAUAGAAGUAGUUGAGUGUAAAGGACCGGAGUGCAAGAGAAGGUGUUUGUAAAUAAGAAUUCAAAUGGGAUUAACUACUUGAAAAGUUUUGUACUAUUUGAGUCCUUGUUAAAUGAAGGCACUAUACUAAUUUUUAUGUAAUUUGUUUUCCUACACUCUCACAUCUCGUGGCAUUUUCCCAUUGUUUUGUUCUUUGUUUUAUUAAAUUAAUCUCCUCAUUUCAAGUAAUGUCAAGUCAAAUUUAUUGUCCCACUGGGGGAAUUUCAGUUGCAGCAUAAAGAAUCCAUCAUGAAUAUGACAUAGACGGCAUACCAGACAACACAAGAACAACAAUACGGUACAGUACAGUGAAAGAUCACUUGAUAUGGACAUAAACAGGGCCAGAUUGGGAAACACUGUCUUACCCUGACACAAAGCAGUCAUUCAUGACUGGACCAUGAUCAAGCCCCCCCCCCCUUCAGCAAGCUGCCCAUUUCCAGUCAUCACCCAGGAAAAGUGUAAUUGUCGAAGUGCGAAUGAUUGGUGCCACCUUUAACUAGUUCACACUGUAAUACAAAGAUUAACAGUUGAUACAAAUGUAACACAUUGCUAUGUGCACUAGAUUAAGUAUAGGCACCAUGGUCAGUGUUGACCUGAGUUAUGUGCAGGUAGAUGGAUGGAUUUCAUAAGCUGACUACUUCUGCAAAGUAUUACAAGGUAUCCGUGCUCUGACUGUGUCCUGCAGCUUUGCAUCUUGACCCAGUUUGGUCUGUCAUGCUUAGGGCCGCGGCUCAAUUCGGUCUCGUGUCUUGACCCUGUUCCCUUUGCAGUCUUCUGAUGCACAACAAAUGACCCAGUUCUGCCACUCAUCGUCUCUUGUGGCCAAUCUUGUACUUGCAUUUGAAUUUGCAUUAAAUUCCAUUUUUUCUACAGUCUUUCAAUGCAAUUGCUUAUCUCACUGUUAGUUUUGUCAUCUUGUAUGUAUUAAAUUUUUCUUAAAUUGCUAUAAUUGAUAUAUCAAACAAACUUUUUAAAAGAAAACCACUGCUUUCCUUUUGUGUUGUCAAAUGUAAUAAAAGUCAAAGAUCAAAGGCAAUCUAAGGGUAUGCAGAGGUGGAAAUUUCAGGUCCAGAAAGUAAAAAAUCCAGACCAAGAUUUCGUUUCAACCAACCAGUAUAAUGAGUCAGUCACAGAGUACUCAACUAAUUGGUUGAAACAAAAUCUUGGUCUGGAUUUUUUACUUUCUGGAUGUUAAAUGGCCACCUCUGAGUGUAUGACAUAAUGUAUACAUAGCUCUGAAUCAUGGGCUCAGAAUAAAUAUAGUUUGACAAAACCAAAGGUAA